AUGCAUCUCAUCACCACUCUUCUCCUAGCAACCAUAAGCUAUAUAACCAGCGUUUAUGCCGCUGAGGUCAGUCCAUCAUCCAAACGAGGUCUCGUCUUCGUUCCUAAUUCCAAAUAUCCCAACGACAACCAAAUCUGGGUACAACCCGGUUCCGAUCUCUCAUGGUACUACAACUAUGGCAUUGCCGCCUCUCCCGCCUACUCCAAUACCACGCAAGAAGAAUUUGAAUUCGUCCCUAUGCUAUGGGGUACCUCGACUACCUUCCUCACCGAUAUGAAAUCACUCGUAUCCACCGGCCGCAACAUCACCCACGUUCUCACCUACAACGAACCAGAUGGUACUUCCUCGACGGGCGGAUCGGCAAUCUCCCCCUCGGUCGCUGCUGCAAAUUGGAUCAGCCAAGUUGAACCACUGCGUGCAAUGGGUAUUAAGGCGGGGGCGCCUGCAGUAACGGGUUCUCCGAGGGGAAUCACUUGGCUGAGUAAUUUUUUCAGUGCCUGUGCGGCUGCGGGAACGAAUUGCACGGUGGAUUUCAUUCCGUUGCAUUGGUAUGGGAAUUUUGAGGGAUUGGCGAGUUUUAUGGGGGAGAUACGUGGGACCUACCCCAACACAUCCAUCUGGCUCACCGAAUACGCCCUAAACGACCAACCCCUCCCCACCACCCAAGAUUUCUUCAACACCUCUGCAGAAUAUUUCGAUCGUCUUCCAUACGUAGAUCGCUACUCGUAUUUCGGAUCGUUUAGGAGCAGCGUCAGUAAUGUGGGAUAUAAUGCGACGAUGCUGGAUCAGGAUGGACAGUUGACGGAUAUUGGGAGUUGGUAUUUGGGAGGGGCGGCCACGGGGAAUGUGCCGGAGAAGAGUGAGGCGGGGAGAGUGGUGGUAUUGGGUGGAUGGGGAUUCGGGAUUUUAGGAGCGGUGGUGGGGUGGUGGUUGUUGUGA